AUGCAGCUCUACGACUGGCCAGCAAUCGACGACACAGUCCUUAUGCCCAAGGCAGACAAGGUCGGCUUCCUGAAGGAGCCUGACGCGCCGCCCGCUUUCGUCAAGUUCUAUGCGCUGUGGUGCAGCCACUGCAAGCAGAUUGCGCCGAAGUGGAAAGACCUCACUGCCGCCGUCGCGCCCUCAGGCAUCCGCAUCUACGAGAUGGACUGCGACGCGAACGAGAACAAGAAGGCGUGCCGGAAGGAGGGCGUCAAGGCAUACCCGACUCUGCAGUUCUACAACAAGGGUGCUUCGGUCGAGUACAUGGGCAAGCGUUCCGUCGACGCCUUCCGCGACUUCGCGCUUAAGGCGAUGUCUGCGACAAGCAUCAAACCUAUCGCGAAUGAGUACGAGCUGCGGCGUGCUGCAAAGGAGGACAAGGUUUUCGUGCUGUUCUUGCACGCCUCCGAUACGAAGAAGAAUAGGAUAGGAUAG